GAAGCUGAGCAGACAGACGCAAAGCAUUUUUUGCAGUUUUUACAAUUUUAGCUGCAAAAUCAAAAAAUUUAAUUUAUAUUAGUUUAUAAAAUGUCACGUAAGGAAGCGCUGUCACAGUUUAUCAAUCAAAUACACGGUCGUCCAGUUGCCGUAAAGCUGAAUAACGGCGUGGAUUAUCGAGGUGUUUUAGCCUGUUUGGAUGGUUAUAUGAAUAUCGCGCUGGAUCAGACAGAAGAAUAUGUUAAUGGACAGCUGAAAAACAAAUAUGGCGAUGCAUUUAUACGCGGCAACAAUGUGCUCUACAUAUCCACCCAAAAACGUCGAGUUUAGUACUUAAGUUUAUUCCAUAAAUACACAAACUCCACCUUAUUA